AUGGGGCGGAUCAUUGCUGAAAAAGAAAAAGACGGAAACCGACGAUGGGAGGCUGCCCAUUUAAGAAAGAUUGAUUUCAUUCGCCUUACAGUCAAUGAAGGCAAUCCACAAAGGCUUCACAUGAUUUACAGACAUAAUCUUCGCUAUCUUCAUUUGCAGAAUGUGACCAUUGAAGACAUGACAGAAAAUACUCUGCCUUCAAGUUUGAUAUGGUUAAAAUUGGAAGACUGUACCUUUGCAACUGGGAAGUAUAGAGCAAUAAAGAAGAUCCUUGCAGCAAUAAGGGAGCAGGGUCACUCCACACCUGCAGAUAACAGUUGGCAAUUGAAGAUUAUGCAACUAAAAGGUUGCUCUAAUUUGGACAGCAUUCCUAUCUCUUCCCUUUUUUCAUUUCCUUGUGUACAGCUGCUGCAGCACUUGGACUUGGAAAGGUGCAGAGGUUUAGAUUAUCUCCCUGAUACCAUUUGCAGAUUGUCACAGCUUCAAACAUUGAACUUGGCAUGGUGGGAUAUGUUAAAUGAACUCCAUCCUAAAAUUGGUAACCUGUCACAGCUACAGCACUUGGACUUGAAAGGGUGUGGUAGUUUAAAUAACCUACCUCCUUCCAUUGGUGGGCUGUCACAUCUGGAGUAUUUGAACUUGGAAAUGUGUUAUAACUUAAAGAAUCUUCCUGAUACCAUUGGCGAUCUACCGCAGCUGCAGCACUUGAACUUGGAAGCGUGUUUUAACUUAAAGGACCUCCCUCAUUCCAUUGGCGCUCUGUCACAGCUGCAACACUUAAACUUGAAAAUGUGUUAUACAUUAAAUAACCUCCCUCCCUGA